CCGGGAAGGGGGCGAAGAAGGAGGAGGGAGACUCGUCUAGGGGCUGCCCGGCCCCGCAGAGCGGGGUUGAUGGACCGGGCCGCCCCGGGCAGCGGCGCCAGCUCCCUGCCACUGCUCCUGGCCCUUGCCCUGGGCCUAGUGAUCCUCCACUGUGUGGUGGCUGAUGGAAAUUCAACCAGAAGUCCUGAAACGAAUGGCCCUCUCUGUGGAGAUCUUGGGGAAAACUGCACAGCUACCACCACACAAUCAAGGCGGAAAGGCCACUUCUCUCGGUGCCCCAAGCAAUACAAGCAUUACUGCAUCAAAGGGAGAUGCCGCUUCGUGGUGGCUGAGCAGACACCCUCCUGUGUCUGCAAUGAAGGCUACACUGGGGCAAGGUGUGAGAGAGUUGACUUGUUUUACCUAAGAGGAGAUAGAGGACAGAUUUUGGUGAUUUGUUUGAUAGCAGUUAUGGUCAUUUUUAUCAUUUUAGUCAUUGGUGUCUGCACAUGCUGUCAUCCUCUUCGGAAACACCGAAAAAGAAAGAAGAAGGAAGAAGAAAUGGAAGCUCUGGAUAAAGAUAUAACUCCUAUAAAUGAAGAUAUUCAAGAGACUAAUAUUGCUUAAGAGCUGAUGGCUGGUGGCAAGUUAUAAAAAGCCUUGCUCCUUUGAAAAUGGACAGAACAUGUCUCAGGAAAACAGCUAGUUGAAAUGAAUUUUAAAUAUUGUAUUUACUUUUUAUUUGUAUCUUCAGUUUGUGUUGUUUAUUAUUGUUUUUAAUAAUAAUAAUUUUAUUAUAGUCUAUAAUUGGGGAGAAAAACACCUGAGUAGAUAACAACAAUAAGAAAGGAAUUUGAAUAAAUUUUCACAUAAGUUUGUCACCUGGAUUAUUAGUUACGUAAAAAAGUGGGAAGAAGUUUAGAUCUUAGGGACUGAAUUAAUAAAGCUACUAUUUUCAUAUACUUAUUGUGUGCUAAGAAUUUGAAAUGUUAUUUUAUUUAAUCCUUUCAAUAAUCUGUGAGACACAUAAGAUCCUUAUUUCCCAGAUGUGGAAAGAAGCCAAAAGAAGUUAAAAAAUUUAACCUAAAUUUAGAGUUAGGAAUUGGUGGAGCUUGGAUUUGAACCAAGCUUUACCCAGAUUUGAAGUUGGUGCUCUUAAUGAUCAUUUUUGUCACUUUGCAUCGGUGACCUCAUUCAAUGAUAUAAGAUUUCAUAUUGCACUGCAUUUUGCUAUGAUUCUGAGAUGUCAAGGCCAUUUUCCUGCAGGAACACAGAAGGCUGAUUCCCAGCUAAUGUUGCUGUUAUCAUCAUGCUUUCUGUGGAGUUGAAUUUUACUAUGUUUCUUUGCUCCUUUAUAAAGUGUCAAUGACAUGAAUAAAUUCUUACAUUAUUAAAACAAACAGAUUUACCCCAUAGUUAGAAUAAUGAAUAGAGGUGGAAGAGUAAAUUCCUGACAUUCUUUAAGCCCUGAAAAAAGUAUUUAUGCUCAAUAAAAUAUAAAGCACCAGAAGAGGCUGUCAAUAUCAGUGACAGCACUGCAGACCCCUGGAAGACAUUAGUGAUGAACACACCCCUCAUUCUGUGUCCUUCUAAGCAACAGCAUCUGUGAAUGCUCUCAGGUGAAUUUUGGUGCAUGAAUGUAGCAUCUAUUACCAUCUUGCAAAUGCUCCUUCAACUCCAUGAUAGCUUUACUAAAGACUGCAUUAAAUUCCAAAUAGUAGAAAUCAACAUUGAGUCAAUAUUCCGUAGAACAUGGAACUUCCUACAUUAAUUAGGAGAAUCACUUACAAAAACCAAUGAAAAAUGUCUCCAAAUUUCUGCAUUUUGUGACUGUCAGCCAAGUAGCUUCUUUUCCUGAAUCUUUUUAAAUUUUACUUUACAAUGUAAAUCCGAAAGCCAAGGUAAAGCAGAGAAUUCAGACAAAAGCUGAAAUUGUAUAUCUUUUUCUAGUGUUUUGAGUGAGGGAAGGCAGAGACUAUGUAUUACACAGAAAUAGUUCACCUAUGGAUAAGAGCCAAUUCAAACAACUGACAAUGUUCACAAUUGAUUUUUUUCUUCUGACUUAAUUUUUGUCCUUGACACAUGCUUACAUUCAAUUUGCUCAUGUUAUAUGUGCUACAUUUUCAAAAGUCUCCAAAGGGGUCAUUCAUACCCUCUUUCUUCCCCAGUCUUCUUUGAUACUAAAAGAGUUUGGGAAAAAUGUCCCUUAUUGAAUUAAAACACAAGACAAUUCUAUAAAUGUAUCUUCUUUACUGAACCAAGGUUGUCUGACCAAUAAAUCUCUCAAGCCAACUCAGGCUUGGGAAUUCCACUUUGAUACUAAAAAUUUUAAAGGUGUGUUUUGGAAUUCUGAUGUCAAGAUGAAUUUCAAGUACUUUCCUGUCUUUUAAAAAUGUGUUUUAUAAUUAUUUUUGCAUAUAUUAAAUGACUUUGUUUAUGUAAACUGUCAAUAAUAUCAUGUAAUGAAAUACAUUUAUUUUUAAAACAAAGCAAACAUUUCUACUUGGAAAAUUUCUAUUGAUAGCAUGGAAUAUUAAUAGAAAUAAACUUGAACAUUACUGUUUUAAAAA